AUGAUGGAUUAUCUACAGGGUUUACCAUUUCCUUUCCUUCGCAUUGUGCAAGUGAAUGCCAUUGUGCCAUUUAUGUGUAAUCCAAGAAUACCAGUGGGUAUAGUGGUUUCCGUGGGCGAGAAGGCCAAAAAAGAAUUGCUGUCAGAUGGAAAAUGUGAUAAGACGUUUUCCAUCAUCUUCAGUCCUUUUGAUGUCUCUGCAACAUCAAAUUCAUUGACUGAAUUUGAGGAACUAUUUUUGUUGCUUUUAAAAGACAGUAACCUUUUAUGGGAUCGGACUUAUAUUGUUCAUAUUCAUAUUCAAAUUCAAAAUUCACCAGAUCAGGAAAUUCGACGCAUUCCUGUUUGGGAUUUGGUUCAAUUUAUUGGUCACUUGAGUGCGGAUACAGCAACCAGUGUUCUGGGUGUUUCAUUCAGUGAGGAUACUAUCGAAGAAAGUAUACAAUUGACCUCACCCAAGAAAGAAGGCAAUGUAUGCUAUUUGAAUGCCACGCUUAAAAAAAUACUGGAUGAAGGACGCUCUUUAGACAUUUCAAAUACUUGUUACGGUCAAACGCCAGCUUACAUCAAGAGACCAAUAACAUCUAUUCAAUUUGAAUACGUCCGUAAAGAGUUUGAGAAAUGGAUAAAUGCAGACUAUGAAUCGAUUCUUCUCACACGCAUGGUAUUUGCGGAUGCAGCAGAUAAUUUUGCCAAAGUAAAAUAUUACCUGAGAAAUCGGACUGUUGGUGAAAAAAUUCUGCUCAUGACAGAUUCUCAAGGAGAUAUCUUUGCUGCGGAGCUGAGAACGGGAAGCAUUUUUGCUUUACCUAACUGCUUCGGCGACAUUUCUUCUCCGAUAAAGAACAUGGUUUUUGAGGCCGUGGUAACCUCAUCAUUUCGUGGAUAUCUAGAAUGUGUCAUUGUGGUGGAAGAUAUUCUUUGUUUUGAGGGAGAAGAUAUAAGAAAAAUGAGUUUCCAUGAAAGAUGGCAGUAUGUAGAAAAGAUGUUCUUGGAUGAUCAACGUAGUCGACCGCAUGCAAAUACAGAUCAGGUUGUCAUCCUUCGCGCCUCUUACGCACCUCUUGAUCAAGCCGAACAAGUGCUGAAGAAUCCACCUUUAGAACACCCCACGUUGGGACUGGUUUUUGUUCCUCAACUUACUCAAAGUGACAAGGAAACAGCCUCGUCAUAUAUUUGGAUCCCUCCAGAAUCGAUAACAGCCAGAUUUGUUGCUGGUAAAAUAGAGGAUGUGCCAGAUACAAAUGGUGAAAUAAAACGUGCAUGGUUACAGGCGAGGGCCAAAGAUAGGGAGUUUGUUUCCUACAAUGAGGAAUACGCAGAUUAUUCAUUUGAUGCUCAUCGUUUUCUUGAGAGAGGUUUUGUGAUUGAAUGUUUACUUCGAAGAAGUAAUGAUGGAGCACAUUGGUGGGAAAUAAUAAAGGAUUAUGAUACAACUCAAGGAAAACGAGCUGAUUCUCAUGAUUUUGUGGAAAAAUUGGUCCAUGUUCCGGGAUUAACAUAUGAAGAAAUGAUAUGGCUACUCAAAGCCCAUUCUUUUAAGUGUGGACGUUGUCAGAAUGUUAGUGAUGUCGGAAAGACAAACCCUAGGUAUCAAGCAUACUGGUGUAAAAAAAUGUUGGGAAGAAACGGGUCAUGGGGAAUGCUUGUAUUGUGGACGUCCCUGUAG